AUGGACGGUGUUAAGCUCAAGGUCACCAGCAGAUACGUUAUAAUUAAAAAUGACGUAUUCGAGCUGACGCUGUCCAACCCCGACGGUAUUGUAACUGGCGUGCGCUACAACGGUGUGGACAAUCUUAUGGAGAUUCUUAACAAAGAAGACAACCGAGGGUACUGGGACAUUGUUUGGAAUUCACCAGGACAGCGAACUGGAAUAUUUGAUGUGAUCAAAGGCACAGAGUUCCGCAUCAUACAUCAUGAUGAAAACCAGGCUGAGGUCUCCUUCACCAGAUCAUGGGAUCCUUCGCAGGAAGGGAAAGCUGUUCCGCUCAUCAUCGACAAGAGGUUCCAGUACAUGGCAAUGGCUGACAACAGGCAGAGAAUAAUGCCGAUGCCUGAUGACCGGUUGCCUCCCCGCGGCCAGCAAUUAGCAUACCCUGAGGCUGUCCUGCUUGUGGACCCAAUUAAUCCUAAACUCAGAGGGGAGGUCGACGACAAGUACCAAUACUCGUGUGAAGACCGAUACAAUAGUGUCCAUGGAUGGGUGUCAUCUGAUCCUCCGAUUGGCUUCUGGCAAAUCACGCCCAGCGACGAGUUCCGUACUGGAGGACCUCUGAAGCAGAACUUGACAUCUCAUGUCGGGCCCACUAUGCUCGCUAUGUUUCUUAGCGCUCAUUAUGCUGGAGAUGACCUUUCGCCCAAGUUCACGAAUGGAGAAUAUUGGAAAAAGGUUCAUGGACCGGUGUUCAUGUACCUUAACUCCAGUCAGGACGGAUCAGACCCAAGUCUACUAUGGGAGGAUGCAAAAGUUCAGGUGAUGAUGGAGAAACAGAGCUGGCCCUAUGAUUUUGCACUUUCAGAGGAUUUCCAGAAGACUGAGCAAAGAGGUUGUAUCUCUGGUAGAUUGCUUGUAAGAGACAGGUAUAUUAUAGAGGAUGAGGAUCUUUAUGCCGCAUCAGCCUAUGUAGGCUUAGCAUUACCAGGAGAGGCUGGAUCGUGGCAAAGAGAGUGCAAGGGGUACCAAUUCUGGUGUCAAGCAGAUGCAGAUGGUAGCUUCUACAUAAAGAACAUUGUAACUGGAAACUACAACCUAUAUGCGUGGGUUCCGGGUUUCAUCGGGGACUACAGAUUCGACGCCACACUAACAAUUUCUUCAGAAAUUGCUGAGCAAUGGUGUUCAGGGGACGAUAUCUAUCUGGGUGACCUCGUGUUCGAGCCACCGAGAGACGGCCCUACCAUGUGGGAGAUCGGAAUACCCGAUAGGUCUGCUGCCGAGUUCUACGUUCCAGACCCCAACCCCAACUAUGUCAACAGACUCUUCAUCAAUCAUCCUGACAGGUUCAGGCAGUAUGGGCUUUGGGAGAGAUACGCAGAGCUGUAUCCGGACCGUGAUCUGGUGUACACCAUCGGCGAAAGCAACUACAGCACUGAUUGGUUCUACGCUCAAGUUACCAGAAGAAGUGAUGGGGAUACGUACCAGCCCACCACAUGGCAGAUAAGGUUCAGCCUCGACGCCGUCCCUCCCAACAGCACGUACAAGUUCCGGGUGGCGCUCGCGUCUUCAGCCAACGCUGAACUGCAGGUCCGUUUCAACGACGAGGCACGGGCUGUGCCUCACUUCACCACGGGGCUCAUCGGGCGCGACAACGCGAUCGCGAGGCACGGGAUCCAUGGCCUCUACUGGCUCUUCAACGUGGGUCCCCCGAGCUACCUCAGCGGCGAGUUCCCGGGCGACUACGGGUGGGACACCGCGGGCCUCUCCGCCGACCCGGAGACCUUCGCCAAGAACCGCGAGCUCGAGGUGAUCCACUGCCGCUGGGCCAUGCUCGGCGCGCUCGGCUGCGUCUUCCCCGAGCUGCUCGCCCGCAACGGCGUCAAGUUCGGCGAGGCCGUCUGGUUCAAGGCCGGCUCCCAGAUCUUCAGCGAGGGCGGCCUCGACUACCUCGGUAACCCUAGCUUGGUCCACGCUCAGAGCAUCCUUGCCAUCUGGGCUUGCCAGGUCGUGCUCAUGGGCGCUGUCGAGGGGUACCGCGUUGCUGGUGGCCCGCUCGGAGAGAUCGUCGACCCACUCUACCCCGGUGGCAGCUUCGACCCCCUUGGCCUAGCUGACGAUCCAGAGGCGUUUGCCGAGCUCAAGGUGAAGGAGAUCAAGAACGGCCGCCUUGCAAUGUUCUCCAUGUUUGGAUACUUUGUGCAGGCCAUCGUCACCGGUAAGGGUCCGCUUGAGAACCUCGCUGACCACCUCGCCGACCCCGUCAACAACAACGCGUGGGCCUUCGCCACCAACUUUGUGCCCGGCAAGUAA